ACGUAAACCCAAACGACAGUUCAAAAAGGAACUUCUUCUAUUCGUAUUUCGAUAUCCGUAUCAUAAAUGGACGAUUCAGUUUCGCCAUCGCAAAACUCCAAUGGUUCCAUUCGCGGUCGUGAUCGUCUUCGUCCAUUCAACCACCAUCCUGUCUCUUCACAAACACAGCUGGUCACACCACCGGUUACUGCUGUUGGAGACAAAACAUCUAUGAAGAACAAUGAUUGUGACAAAGAGGGUGUUUCUGUUUCGCCAACUAAAACUAAGUCUUUUGAUAUUUGCCCCCCGAAACAAGGUGGAAGUAUUCCUCGUUUGAAACCAACUUUGUUUAAACAAAACAGAGAAAAGAGGGAGGAGAAUAACCAAAUUAGCAAAGGGGAUCAGUUAAGACCUGGGAUGAUUCAUUUGAAGGGUUACAUUUCGUUAACCGACCAAAUUAAGAUAGUUAAAGUAUGUAGGGAAUUAGGGUUAGGUGAUGGGGGAUUUUACCAACCUAGUUAUGAGGAUGGAGCUAUGUUGAAAUUGAAAAUGAUGUGUCUCGGUAGAAAUUGGGAUCCUCAGACAAGUAAAUAUGAAUAUCAGCGACCGUGUGACGGGUCUGUUCCCCCGAAAAUUCCUGAUGAAUUCCUGACACUGGUUGACUCUGCAAUCAAAGAUUCACAUUCCCUGGCUAAACACUCUAACUCCAAACUUCCCUUGAUCUCUCCAGACAUUUGUAUUGUCAAUUAUUACGCUAACAACGGUCAACUUGGUCUUCAUCAGGACAAGGAUGAAACUGAACAGAGUAUCCGUGAAGGGUUGCCAGUGGUGUCAUUCUCUAUUGGAGACACUGCAGAGUUUUUGUAUGGUGAUGAAAGGGAUAUUGGCAAGGCAGAGAAAGUUCUUCUGAAAUCUGGGGAUGUUUUACUCUUUGGUGGAAAGGCCAGAAAUGUCUUUCAUGGUGUUAGUACUAUUAAGCCAGAGACUGCUCCUAGCCGCUUGCUUGAAGAAACUAAUCUCCGUAAACCUGGCCGAUUGAAUCUUACUUUUAGGCAGUAUUAAAUUAAAAAUCCGUCGUAUUUUGACUAUCAUAGAUUAGUUUGAAACUUGUUUAGUCAAUUUUAUGGGGCAGAGCUUGUAAUGAUAUUCCAUGCUAAUUCUGUAUCCAUUUUUUUGGCUCUCUGUUUAGUUUCUAACCUUUUCAAAAGCUUGUAUCCUUCAGUGACAGUGACUGUCUAAUUAUGAAUGUAUUUCACUAUACCGCAAAUCUUGCUUAUUACUGGAA